AUGGGAAAAGUUCACGGAUCGUUAGCUCGUGCCGGUAAGGUUAAGAAUCAGACUCCUAAGGUCCCCAAGCAGGAGAAGAAGAAGGCUAUCACUGGUCGUGCUCGUAAGCGCAUGCAGUACAACCGUCGUUUCUCGGCUAAGGUGACCGGUGGUCCCAAGAGAGGCCCUAACUCGAACCAGAAGUAA